CCCCGGCGUGCGCGCUGAGGCUCUGCCCCGCUCCGCUCCGCUCCGCUCGGCUCUGCCCGCCCGCCCUCCGGCAGCGCCGUUGCGCAGCUCCCGCGGAGGGGCAAGGACCGGACCGGACCGGACCGGGCCGUCGGCCGCAGCGGGGCCGGCCGCGCAGGGCUUCGGGGCAGGGCGGCGGCGAAGCGAGGCUGGACGGCCGCGGCAGGGGGGGGCGAGGCCGCCCGGGGCUGGCGGCGGGGGGCGGCGGGGGCCCGGGCCGGCGGGGCGCCGCCAGGGCCCGGCGCAUGGCGGCGGCGGCGGGGAGCAUCACCACGCUGCCGGCGCUGCCCGACGACGGGGGUAGCGGCGCCUUCCCCCCCGGGCACUUCAAGGACCCCAAACGGCUCUACUGCAAGAACGGCGGCUUCUUCCUGCGCAUCAACCCCGACGGCAGGGUGGACGGCGUCCGGGAGAAGAGCGAUCCCCACAUCAAACUGCAACUUCAAGCAGAAGAAAGAGGAGUGGUAUCAAUCAAAGGUGUAAGUGCAAAUCGCUUUCUGGCUAUGAAGGAGGAUGGCAGAUUGCUGGCCUUGAAAUGUGCAACAGAAGAAUGUUUCUUUUUUGAGCGUUUGGAAUCUAAUAACUAUAACACUUACCGAUCACGGAAAUACUCUGAUUGGUACGUGGCACUGAAAAGAACUGGACAGUACAAACCUGGACCAAAAACGGGACCUGGACAGAAAGCUAUCCUUUUUCUUCCCAUGUCUGCUAAAAGCUGAUUUCCACGGCGGAUUCUGAGCACAUAUGCCACACAACGCUAAAGACGUCGACGUUCCUACUCCUCUCUGAAGUAGCAAAAAUAGAAGCAAUUAUUUGCUGAUAUUAACUACUUUUGCAGAUACCAGAUU